AUGUUCUUUCUUCAUUACACCCUGUUCAUCGCAGGAUGUAUUCUGGAUAUUACUCACAUAUAUGCCUUACCGCAUCCCGGUCGUCCUGAUCAACCCGACUGGGUUUUUCUCGAUAGCAAUGCUCCAUCCCCACCUUUUCCCUCUGUAGAUAAAACAGCAGUUUUCAAAUCUCCACUGGCUCAGCCCAAGCCAAUGGUCAGCCAGUAUGUCGAGCUCGGGUGGGCCAAAGUUGCACGCGUGUUCGACUACAACUCCAACAAAGACCACGAAGGAAACAAGGUAGAAGAAGGCGAAAAGGUGCUCAUAGCACUCGAUUAUAAAUGUAAACGCGCUCGCGCGGUCGACGCUCUCAAAUAUACCAAACAGCUUGUCGAUGUUGGUCGCGCUGCUAAUGGAGCCGCUGCCAUGAUCAUUCGCGGGAGGAUUGGUUGGCCGAUGGAAGUAGAGUUAAAAAAGCGCAAAGCUCAACACCGGGAGAAAGAGGUCUGGGAUGCGGUUUGCGAUAAGGUUGUGUACUUUGCAACUGAAUACCAAGUCCUAUAUGUAGGCCUCGAUCUAUCUUAUCAUGUUUUGGUCCACAUCAGUGGUGAUCCUACCGAGAAACCGGAAAUAACGUUGUUGGGUUGGCACCAGCGUUAUUUCAUUACGAAGGGCACACCUGAGGAUAAAAUUCGUGAAUAUUGUCAUGCAGAAAUCCAAUGGCUGAACUAUAGUGGCAUUGCCCAGUCGCCAUACAGCUAG